CAGAGCAAGCGGGGAGCUGCUUCCGCGAGGAGCUGCCGGAGAAGUGGCGGGACUGGUGGCGAUGGAAGCUCUAGAGGAGAAAGAGGCGCAGGUCGCUGCAUGGCUGAAAAAAAUAUUUGGAGAUCAUCCCAUUCCACAAUAUGAGGUGAAUGCUCGGACAACAGAGAUUUUAUAUAACCUUUCAGAACGCAACAGGGUCCGAGACAGGGAUGUCUACCUGGUAACAGAGGACUUGAAACAGAAAGCAAAGGAAUAUGAAUCAGAAGCCAAGCAUCUUCAAGACCUUCUCAUGGAGAGUGUGAAUUUUUCCCCUGCCAGUCUCUCCAGCACUGGUUCCAGGUAUCUGAAUGCUUUGGUUGACAGUGCAGUGGCCCUUGAAACAAAGGACACCUCUCUAGCUAGUUUUAUCCCUGCAGUGAAUGAUUUGACCUCUGAUCUUUUUCGCACCAAAUCCAAAAAUGAAGAAAUCAAGCUUGAAUUGGCAAAACUUGAGAAAAAUCUAACAGCAACUUUAGUAUUAGAAAAAUGUCUGCGAGAGGAUCUCAAGAAGGCAGAGUUACAUCUGUGUACGGAAAGGGCCAGAGUUGACAGUCGUCUUCAGAACAUGGACUUCCUAAAAGCCAAGUCGGAGGAGUUCAGAUCUGGAAUUAGAACUGCGGAGGAGCAGCUUGCAGCCCGAGGAAUGGAUGCUUCUCUGUCUCAUCAGUCACUGGUAGCACUUUCAGAGAAAUUGGCAGAACUAAAACGACAGACUGUACCGUUGAAGAAAAAAUUGGAGUCUUAUUUAGAUUUAAUGCCGAAUCCAUCUCUUGCUCAGGUAAAAAUUGAAGAAGCAAAGCGAGAAUUAGAUACUAUUGAAGCUGAACUUACAAAGAAAGUAAACAUGAUGGAACUGUGACCAGAGCCAAAUAAAUUUCACCUUUCUUAACAAAGUAGAUUGAAUAGGACUUUAAAGAAUUUUUUCCUUGUGACAUUCCUUAUAACUUAAUUUCUGUGUUCUUAGAUGAAAUAAUGUUAUUAUUGAUGAAAUAGUGGUGUCUGGUUGUGUAUUGAAUUUUUAUGUGCAAAUGCAUAGUUUUCAUAUGAAGAAACAUUGGUUUUUGAUGUUGUUGGUGGCUUGAUGUCCUUCAGUAGCUCUCUUAGGUGAACGCAUAACAGUCAUCAUGUAGUCACUCACGAGGUCAGCUAAAUGAAAGGGAAAGAUUCUGCAGCUUCAGUUAUGUUUCUCCCACGCCCCCUUCUGCUGGGAUUUGCUAUUGUUUUUUCUGAUCCAUUUACCUGCUUAAUUCCAAAUGUUAAUAUAUGCAGGAAUUUGGUUUCUGAAAAAGAUGACCUUUUAAAUCAGUAAUAGAGAGAUGGCUAAGUUAACGCAUGCUGCUAAAUCUAUACUUUACCCGUUAUAUCAGGAUAAUUUCAAGGGAUCAAAGAUUUAAAUAUUUUUUAAAAGAUAGUAAAAGAAAUCAUAGAGGAAUUUUAAUAUUUUGAUUUUUAAAUAAUCAGAGUCAGAAACUUAUGACUGAAAUCCAGGAGCCAUAAAUAAAAUGAUUGAAAUGUUUGAAAAUUUUGAAAUACUAAAACUUCCUGUAUGGGAAUAUCUCUUAUAAAUAAAAUCAAACCAUGAUAAAUGUAGUCUAAAGAAGAAGAGAGAUUUUUCACUUUGCACCUUUUGUACUUUUAAAAAUUUUGUACCAUGGGAUCAAGAAUCAAUUAGUUUUUUAAAGAUUACCUAAUUGACCUUAAAAAUUUCCCUCUCCUUUCUCACAAAUAUGUGGCUAAAUAUAAUGCAAAAGACAUUUAUAUUUCCUUUUUUGGAGACUGUCCAUAUCCUUUAGUCAUUUAGGUAUGAUUGUUUCAUCUGUUUCUUAACAGUUUAUGGGUGCUUCUGGUGUGUUAGCUAAAUUAAUGUUUUACAGUUUGGAGUUGUGAAUAUUUCCCAAGGUUGCCAUUUGUUUCUUAACUGCAGUGCUUUUGGUAAGGUGACUUGAUGGGUCAGCUGUGGAAAUAACCACCAAAAUCCCUCCCACCCUUGUGCUCUCCCUCUUUCUACUCUAACCUCGCUACUUCUCUCAUCAAGAGGUGGAGUCUCUCUUCACCUGCUGUAUCUGGUUUGGCCCUAUGAUUUGUUUUGGCCACUGAGACAAAUAGCAAAUAGGACAAAACCAAGGACUAAAAACUUGUUAUGCGUUGGAGCUUGCCAUCUCUCACUGAGACUACCAUGUGAAGAAUCCUGGACCAUUGGAGGAUGAGCAAAGAAAGGUAAUUCCAGCUGAGCCCUGCUCCCACCCCAAGACCACCAGGCUGCCAACUGCCAGAUACAGGAAUGAGGUCUUAUACUGUCCAGCCCUCCUAGCAGACUACAUAGAUCAACCAUGCUGUCCCAGGCCGGAAGCUCACAGAGUCAACCUGUAGAAUCAUACGAAAUAAUAAAGCUUAAUUUAAA